AUGCAGAACGGGGGUGCUGUGCUUGGGUACCCCCGUGCCUGGGGAAUGGGCCGAGGUGACCAAGCUCACGUCCCGCUCUCCCCACAGGUGCAGCCUCCAGAUCCAGCCGGCAUCCGCGUGCUGCGGGGACACCAGCUGCCAGUCACCUGCCUCGUCAUCUCUCCAGAUGACACGUUCAUCUUUUCUGCUUCCAAAGAUGGCGCCCUCAUCAAAUGGGAGGUGGAGAGUGGGAAGAGGCUGUGUGUGGUGCCAGGGGGGAAGAAGGGCACCGAGGAGCGGCACAUGGGGCACGCGUCCCAGGUCCUCUGCAUGGCCAUCUCGUCGGAUGGCAAGUACCUGGCUACAGGAGACAGGAACAAGCUGAUCAUGAUCUGGGAUGCAGCCACAUGCAAGCGCCUGCACAUCUUCACCGGGCACCGUGAUGCUGUUUCAGGCCUGUCCUUCCAGAAGGGUACACACCAGCUGUACAGUGCCUCCCAUGACCGUUGUGUCAAGGUCUGGAACGUGGCAGAGAAUGCAUACAUGGAGACCCUAUUUGGGCAUCAGGACAUCAUCACAGGGCUGGACAGCCUGAGCCGGGAGUGCUGUGUGACAUCAGGGGGACGUGAUGGCACCGUGCGGCUCUGGAAGAUCCCUGAGGAGUCACAGCUUGUGUUCUGCGGACACCAGGGCUCCAUUGACUGUAUCCAGCUCAUCAAUGAGGAGCACAUGGUGUCGGGCGCCGAUGACGGGUGAGUGCGGGGCUGAAGAGGUGCCUGGGGUGGGCAGGCAGUGCCCCCCUUGGCCCCCUCACCCCCACAUCCCCUGGCAGGUCUGUCGCAGCCAUUCUGGAUCUCGGCAGUGGCCCCUCUGCGCAACAGCGACCUCCUGGCUACAGGCUCCCACAGCGGCAGCGUGAAGCUCUGGAAGUGUGGCGAGGGAUUUCGGAAGCUGGAGCCUCUGUGGGACAUCCCUUUGGUGGGUUUUGUCAACAGCCUCAAGUUCUCAGCAGCUGGUGACUUCCUAGUGGCUGGGCUGGGGCAGGAGCACAGGCUGGGCCGGUGGUGGAGGCUUAAAGAAGCCAAGAACAGCAUUUGCAUCAUCCCCCUGAAGCGCAGGACCACGGUUCCCAGUCCUGAAGCCACUGACACCUUGUAG